UGCACAAACCGUCGAUUAUUGACGCCGAUGUUUGAGACCGCCUCUCACUGGUCACUUCUUUAUCCUUUUCCGAUAUAUGCCUUUCGUUGUCGUCCGACGAUUACCCUUCACCCAUCGCAGGCUACGGCGCACCACCGGAUGAAGGAUGACUUUAUCCUGUAAUUAUGCGUGCCGACAUUCAGGCCGUCGCUUGGCUUUCGAAGGUCCGAAUCGUUCAUGCGCACGACGAUAUUAUUCGCCGGGUACGCGGUCAGCACACUGGCAAAUUCUCCGCCCACGCCGGCAGGGCGUCGGGUUGAUUCGAGUCUCCCACGUCCGCGCGAAGCAGUUCUUCACCGUGUCCUCCGCCCUGCCCGUACCACACGAUACCUAUCCUAUCUGCAGAUGGCUAUUCAAUGCCCUAGCUCUAUCGCUGCCCGUCGCCGCACUCCCGCUCUUUCAUUGGCCAAGACACGAUGUUUUGGUCCAAGUGGCGAAAUCGUAUGUAUCCCAGCCUAGCGCUUCGCUCACUCGUCGGCGUUUCUGCACUUGAACUUGUUUCCGGGCCUUCGGCUGUGCUCUCGUCCAAUCGUCGUCCGUGC